AUGCUGCCGCUCCUCGGCGCCGCCGCCGACUCCUGGCUCGGACGCUACCGCACCAUCGUCGCCUCCUCCUCCGUGCUCUACAUAACGGGUUGCUGUGUAUAUGGUAUUUUUGUGUUGGGGUUUCUGGAUGUGCACAAAGUAGUGUCUCCCACCACUCAACCACACCCAUUUGCAGUAACCGGCCAUUUCAUCUCUGCUGUAACCAUGAGUCUAGCUUGUCUAGUAUGCCAUGGAAUGAACAGCCCUUCAAACUCCUUUAGAAGCUACUCAGUCUCAAGCUCAGAGGGGGAAAACUGGUGUGGAGCUGUAGUAGCUUGCCUAUCUCGGAAAGUAAUGCCUUCUGGAGCCGCCAAUGGUGUCGGGACAUCAAAGGUGACCCCUUUUCCUCUAAUGGCUACUGGUCAGGGCACCUAG